GCCGGAAGCGGCGGCGCGGGGGGUGCUGGGCGGCGCCGGGCGGCGGCGGAGCGGCAGCGGCGGCGGGAGGUCGUGGAGAGCAGCAGCAUGGAGAGGCUGGUGGAGCGGCUGGAGAAGGCUGUGGAGCGCCUGGAGACAGUGUGCCAAGCACCUGGCCGCUGUGCAGAUGGCUCCUCCAAAGGAGUGGCUGAGUAUGUGCAGGCCUUUGAUGCCCUUCUGGCUGGUCCAGUAGCUGAGUACAUGAAGAUCAGCAAGGAAGUUGGUGGGGAUGUGCAGACACAUGCUGAGAUGGUGCACGCAGGUCUGAUGAGCGAGAGAGCAAUCCUGGUGAUGGCAUCUCAGCAGCGGCAGCCAGAGGAGAGUGCUUUCUCCUCGCUUCUGAAACCCAUUUCAGAGCAGAUCCAGGUGGUGCAGAACUUCAGGGAGAAGAAUCGUGGGAGCAAAAUGUUCAACCACUUAUCAGCAGUCAGCGAGAGCAUCCCAGCCCUGGGCUGGAUUGCCAUGGCUCCAAAGCCUGGUCCCUUUGUGAAGGAGAUGACUGAUGCUGCCAUGUUCUACACCAACAGGAUCCUCAAGGAGUACAAGGAUGUAGAUAAAAAGCAGGUGGACUGGGUGAAAGCUUACCUGAGUAUCUGGACAGAGCUGCAGGCCUAUAUCAAAGAGCAUCACACCAUAGGGCUGACCUGGAGCAAAACAGGUCCUGUAGCAACAGCAGGAGCUAAACCACCAUCUGCUGCCCCAGCUGGGGUUGCACCUCCCCCUCCAGGCCCUCCUCCCCCACCUGCUCCUGCCCCCAGCAGCUCCAGCAUGGACGACUCUGCCUCCCGCUCCGCACUCUUCGCCCAGAUCAACCGGGGAGAAGGCAUCACCUCGGGCUUAAGACAUGUUUCAGAUGACAUGAAGACCCACAAGAACCCAGCACUGAAGAGCCAAGGGGGUCCAGUGAGAAGUGGGCCCAAACCUUUCACUGCUCCCAAACCAGCCUGCAAUGCUAAUCCCUCCCUAAAAACCUCUCCAAAGGCUCCUCCAGUGCUAGAAUUAGAAGGCAAAAAGUGGAGAGUGGAGAACCAGGAGAAUGCCACCAACCUGGUCAUCAGUGACACAGAGCUGAAGCAGGUAGUCUAUGCUUUCAAGUGCACAAACAGCACCCUGCAGAUCAAAGGCAAGAUCAACUCCAUCAUCCUGGACAACUGCAAGAAGCUAGGCCUGGUGUUUGAUGAUGUGGUGGGCAUCGUAGAGAUCAUCAACAGCAGGGAUGUGAAAGUUCAGGUAAUGGGUAAAGUGCCAACCAUUUCCAUCAACAAGACAGAUGGGUGCCAUGUGUACCUGAGCAAGAGCUCCCUAGACUGCGAAGUGGUCAGUGCCAAGUCGUCAGAGAUGAACAUCCUUAUCCCCACAGAGGGUGGUGACUUUACUGAAUUCCCUGUCCCAGAACAGUUCAAGACAGUGUGGAACGGUCAGAAGUUGGUUACCACGGUGACGGAAAUCGCUGGCUAAGCACAGCAGCUGCCAGGCUGCUUCUGCCCUCCCCUGGCCCUGCUGGGGGACAAAGCUGCUUCAGAUGAUUCUUUUAGAUCUCUUUGGAACCUUUCUGCUCUCCAACUGCUUCCCUUCUACCCCAGAGCCACAGCUGCCUGCGGGCACCGCAGCACCUCUGCCCAGCUGGGG